AUGUUGACGUUUAUUCUGGAGAUUCUUAUCCUACCGAUAUGUCUUCAACAGUGCGGUUUUGUACACGGAUCAAAGACAGAAUGUGAGCCCAGUCAGUUCCAGUGUGGGAACGGUCGCUGCAUCCCGUCUGUCUGGCAGUGUGACGGGGAUGAGGACUGCUCCGACGGGAGUGACGAGAACACCUGCGUUCGGAAGACCUGUGCAGAGGUGGACUUUGUCUGUCGUAAUGGCCAAUGCGUCCCCAAGAGAUGGCACUGCGACGGAGAGCCAGACUGUGAGGAUGGGUCUGACGAGCGUGUGGAAGUGUGCCACACCAGGACCUGCCGUGUGAAUGAGUUUAGCUGUGGGGCCGGGUCCACCCAAUGCAUCCCCGUCUUCUGGAAGUGUGAUGGAGAGAAGGACUGCGAUAACGGAGAGGAUGAAAUGAACUGUGGUAACAUCACGUGCGCCUCGCUGGAGUUCACCUGUGCGAGCGGCCGCUGCAUUUCCCGUAACUUCGUCUGUAACGGGGAGGAUGACUGUGGUGACGGGAGUGAUGAGCAGGAAUGUGCUCUGUCCUCCUGUGGUCCCAGCGAGUUCCAGUGUGGCAAUGCCACCUGUAUCCCUGGCAACUGGGUCUGUGACGAUGACGUGGACUGCCAGGACCAAUCAGAUGAGUCCCCUCAGCGAUGUGGUCGCCAACCCACGCCGCCGGCCAAAUGUUCAUCCAGCGAGACACAGUGUAGGUCUGGGGAGUGCAUCCACCGCAAGUGGCGAUGUGACGGGGACCCAGACUGCAAGGAUGGCAGCGACGAAGCCAACUGUUCUGUUCGUUCCUGCAGACCGGACCAGUUCAAGUGUGAGGACGGCAACUGUAUCCACAGCAGCAGACAGUGCAACGGUUUGCAUGAUUGUGCAGAUGGCACCGAUGAAGUCAACUGCAAAAACUUGACACAGUGCAAUGGCCCUGACAAAUUCAAGUGUCGGAGUGGAGAGUGUAUAGAGAUGAGUAAAGUGUGCAACAAGGCCCGGGACUGUCCAGACUGGAGCGACGAGCCCAUCAAAGAGUGCAACCUGAAUGAGUGUCUGUUGAACAACGGAGGCUGCUCCCACAUCUGCAGGGACAUGGUGAUUGGCUUCGAGUGUGACUGCACCCCUGGACUGCAGCUCAUAGACCGCAAGACCUGUGGCGACAUCAAUGAAUGUAUGAACCCUGGGAUCUGUAGUCAGAUUUGUAUCAACCUGAAGGGAGGUUAUAAGUGUGAGUGCCACAACAGCUACCAGAUGGACCCCACCACAGGAGUGUGCAAGGCUGUGGGCAAGGAACCCUGUCUUAUCUUCACUAACCGCCGGGACAUCCGGAAGCUGGGUCUGGAGCGGCGGGAGUACACCCAGAUCGUGGAGCAGCUGCGGAACACGGUGGCACUGGAUGCAGACUUCACCCAGCAGAGGAUCUUCUGGGCAGACCUGAGCCAGAGGGCCAUCUUUAGCACGGUGUUGGAUAAGAGAGGAGAUGUAGGAAGUCAUGUGAAGGUGAUUGAUAAUGUGACACCUGUGGGGAUCGCUGUGGACUGGAUCUAUAACAACAUCUACUGGUCAGACCUCGGCACCAAGACCAUUGAAGUGGCCAACUUCAACGGCACCAAGCGGAAAGUUCUCUUCAGCAGUGGUUUGAAAGAGCCUGCGUCCAUCGCUGUGGAUCCACUCUCUGGAUUCCUCUAUUGGUCAGACUGGGGUGAACCAGCGAAGAUUGAGAAGUCUGGUAUGAACGGGGUUGACAGGCAGGUCCUGGUCCAGACUGAUAUUCAGUGGCCAAAUGGAAUCACUCUAGACCUGAUCAAGAGCAGACUGUACUGGGUGGACUCCAAGCUGCACAUGCUCUGUAGCGUGGACCUGAAUGGCGACAACCGUAGGAAAGUGCUGCAGUCCCCAGACUACCUGGCUCACCCCUUUGCGCUCACUGUGUUCGAGGAUCGAGUGUUCUGGACAGAUGGGGAGAACGAGGCGAUCUACGGCGCAAACAAGUUCACAGGCUCUGAUGUGAUUACCCUGGCAAGCAAUCUGAACGAGCCGCAGGACAUCAUUGUUUACCAUGAGCUUAUCCAGCUGUCCGGAACAAACUGGUGCAAUGAGAAGGGUCUGAACGGAGGCUGUGCCUACAUGUGCCUGCCAGCGCCACAGAUCAACAAAUACUCCCCCAAGUACACAUGUGCAUGUCCGCAAGACCAGACGCUCGCCUCAGACGCCCUUCACUGCAGACCAGUGACCCCUUCAGCUCCCUCAAAGGAUGAUGGGAAAGCUCUAAUACAUCCCACUCACCCCCAAGCAACCACAGUGCCACAUGUUGUCCCCAAACCUGUCCCUGCUGAAGCCAACAGCAGUACAUCCAUCCAUGAGGUGAACGCCACAGCUAGAGGAUCUACAGCUGCCUGGGCUAUCCUCCCUGUGUUGUUGCUGGGCAUUGCUGCAGUAGGAGGCUACUUGAUGUGGCAUAACUGGCAGCUGAAGAAUAAAAAGAGCAUGAACUUCGACAAUCCAGUGUACCUGAAAACCACAGAAGAGGACCUCAACAUUGAUAUCAGCAGGCACACCUCCAAUAUAGGCCACACAUACCCAGCAAUAUCAGUGGUGAAUACAGAAGAUGACUUGUCAUAA